GGAAAGGGGGCUGGCGGGCGCUAUAUCUGGGAGUAAGUUUCCAGGAUCGGGAGAGCCUGCACGCUUGCUCGCUAGCUGAGGGCAGUACUGUAAGUGAGUAGCGCUUCGAGAAGACGGCUCUGACAUAAAUUAAUAUUGAAAUUACUCCAUCAGCUCUGCUCGCCCCUCAUCUCACCCCCCCAGGCGAAGACUGGUCUUCUUGUCGGAUUGCCCAUGCACUUGUUGCAGAAACAGCCAAGGCCCUGGCUCUGGAGGAUGCUGAAGGAGGAAGACACAGAAGCAGGACGACCCUGAGAGAUUAAGCCUCUUAAUCGUGAAAAAGAAUCAGGCCUCCUCUCCCCACCUGCCCAGCAGCAUGAGAGCAGCAUGACUGGCCGGCCGCAGGAGAAGCCUCCAGAGCCAGGCCCCCAUCUCAACCAUCUGCUGCAGAAGUCAAGGUGUGAGCAGCAUCUCUUCACCACGGUGGCAUUUGGUCCGUCCCUUAGCCCGGGUGAGGAUGUAAAACCCCUCGCUCUGCACAUGCGUGGUAGAGGCCAACGGAAACACCUGGCUGCAGCCACGGUCACGGACAUGUCAGCCGUGGAGUAGUGUGGACGCUUUCUCUCUGCUUCUCAGGGUUUCAGUCCUUUCGGGUUUGUGUCAUUGACCUUUUUGUAUGGUUUUGUGGCUGGACGUUCACAACCAGGGCAGGCACCAUGGGGGACCAGCAGCUGUACAAGACCAACCACGUGGCCCACGGUGGUGAGAACCUUUUCUACCAACAGCCACCACUUGGCGUCCACGGCGGGCUGAACCACAACUAUGGGAAUACAGUGCCCGGGGCUGGAAUGGAUGCCCCUCAAGCAUCACCCAUCUCCCCCCACUUCCCUCAAGACACUCGGGAUGGUCUAGGCUUGGCUGUUGGCUCCAAAAACCUUGGCCAAGUGGAUACCUCGAGGCAGGGAGGGUGGGGAGGCCACGCAGGGCCUGGAAACCACGUCCAGCUACGUGGCAACCUGACCAACUCGAACAUGAUGUGGGGGGCGCCGACCCAGGCGGAGCCCACUGAUGGCUACCAGUACACCUACUCGCAGGCCAGCGAGAUCCGGACCCAGAAGCUCACCAGCGGUGUCCUGCACAAGCUAGACUCUUUCACCCAGGUGUUUGCCAACCAAAACCUGCGAAUUCAGGUCAACAAUAUGGCCCAGGUGCUGCACACCCAAUCGGCGGUGAUGGAUGGAGCGCCCGACAGCGCCCUCCGCCAGUUGCUGUCCCAGAAGCCCAUGGAGGCCCCAGCACCGGCCCUCCCGUCCCGCUACCAGCAGGCGUCCCAGCAGCCUCACCCUGGUUUCACCGGUGGGCUAUCCAAACCGGCUCUCCAGGUCGGGCAGCACCCGAGCCAAGGGCACCUGUAUUACGACUACCAGCAGCCGCUGGCCCAGAUGCCGGUGCAGGGAGGACAGUCGCUGCAGGCCCCCCAGAUGCUAUCCCAGCACAUGCAGCAGCUGCAGCCGCAUCAGUAUUACCCGCCGCAGCAACAGCCACACGCUGGGCAGCAGCGGGUGUCCAUGCAAGAAAUGCAGCCGCCGCCGCAACAGCAGAUUCGCCCGCCACAGCCCCAGGCACAGCCGCAGGCGCGGCAGGGUUCAAUGCAGAUACCUCAGUAUUACCAGUCCCCACCCAUGAUACAGCCUUUGCCAGAGCCGCAGCAGCCCCAGAUGCACCUGCAGCCCCCUUCUUAUCACAGGGACCCCCACCAAUACACCCCGGAGCAGGCGCACGCAGUCCAGCUAAUUCAGCUGGGCUCCGUGCCCCAGUACUACUACCAGGAGCCCCAGCAGCCCUACGGCCACCCCGUGUACCAGCAGAGCCACCUGCCUCAGCACCAGCAGCCUGAGGACGGUCAGCCCAAGACUUAUCCAGGCGACAGGCAGGCCCAGGCCAUGCUGAGCUCCCACGGGGACCUGGGGCCUCCAGAUACAGGAAUGGGAGACGCGGCCAGCUCCGACCUGAACCGGGCCAGCAGUGCCCUCCCGCACCGGCCGCUCCUGUCCCCCGGCAGCAUCCACCUCAACAACAUGGGGUCUCAGCACCAGCAGCUGUCUCCCAGUGCCGUGUGGCCCCAGAUGCACCUGCCUGAUGGCCGAGCCCAGCCAGGGUCUCCUGAGUCAAGCGGCCAACCCAAAGGAGUGUUUGGGGAGCAGUUUGAUGCCAAGAACAAGCUGACAUGCUCCAUCUGCCUGAAGGAGUUCAAGAGCCUGCCCGCCCUGAAUGGCCACAUGCGGUCCCAUGGGGGGAUGAGGGCCUCCCCCAGCCUCAAACAGGAGGAAGGAGAGAAGGCCCCGGCGCCUCCGCCUCAGCCCCAGCCGCCACUGCCGCCUCCGCCUCCGCCGCCGCCACCUCAGCUCCCUCCCGAGGCGGAAAGCCUCACGCCUAUGGUCAUGCCCGUGUCUGUCCCUGUCAAGCUUCUCCCGCCCAAGCCCAGCUCUCAGGGCUUCGCCAACAGCGUCGCUGCCGCCCCCUCGGCCAGAGACAAGCCAGCCAGCUCGAUGUCGGACGACGAGAUGCCCGUGCUCGAAAUUCCCAAGAAGCACCAGCCAGGCGCGGCCAAAGCCGAGGAAGCCCUCAGGAGCGCGCCAUCGGAGAAGAAGAAGUUCCGGCACCGGCCGGAGCCGCUCUUCAUCCCGCCACCGCCCUCCUACACGCCCAACCUCGCCGCCUCGCACUCGGGCGCCACCCUGUACCAGAGCCAGCUGCGCUCCCCGCGGGUGCUGGGCGACCACCUGCUCCUGGACCCCGCCCACGAGCUGCCCCCCUACACGCCCCCGCCCAUGCUCAGCCCGGUGCGCCAGGGCUCCGGGCUCUUCAGCAACGUGCUCAUCGCCGGCCACGGCCCCGGCGCCCACCCGCAGCUGCCCCUCACGCCCCUGACGCCCACGCCGCGCGUGCUGCUCUGCCGCUCCAACAGCAUUGAUGGCAGCAACCUGACGGUCACCCCGGGGCCUGGAGAGCAGACCGUUGAUGUCGAACCACGCAUCAACAUUGGCUUCCGAUUCCAAGCGGAGAUCCCAGAACUCCAGGAUGUCUCUGCCCUGGCCAAGGACACACACAGGGCCACACUAGUAUGGAAGCCCUGGCCAGAGCUGGAAAACCACGACCUCCAGCAAAGAGUGGAGAAUCUCUUGAAUUUAUGCUGUUCAAGUGCGUUGCCAGGUGGAGGGACCAAUUCUGAAUUUGCUUUGCACUCUCUCUUCGAGGCCAAAGGUGAUGUGAUGGCUGCUCUGGAAAUGCUGCUGUUGCGGAAACCAGUCAGGUUAAAAUGUCAUCCUUUAGCAAAUUACCACUAUGCCGGUUCGGACAAGUGGACCUCCCUAGAAAGAAAACUGUUUAAUAAAGCACUAGCCACUUACAGCAAAGACUUUAUUUUUGUACAGAAGAUGGUGAAGUCCAAGACGGUGGCUCAGUGUGUAGAGUACUAUUACACGUGGAAAAAAAUCAUGAGGUUGGGGAGGAAACACCGGACACGGCUCUCAGAAAUCAUCGACGACUGUGUGACGAGUGAAGAAGAUGAAGAGGUAGAGGAGGAGGAGGAUCCGGAAGAAGACAGGAAAUCCACAAGAGAAGAGGAGAGUGAAUUGCCCAAGUCCCCGGAGCCGCCGCCGGGCCCGGUCCUGGCUCCCGCAGAGGGGCCACCGCUGCAGGCCCUGGGCCAGCCCUCGGGCUCCUUCAUCUGUGAAAUGCCCAACUGCGGGGCGGACUGUAGAUGUCAUGUCACUCCCUUUCUUCCCCAGGUGUUCAGCUCCCGGCAGGCACUGAACGGCCAUGCCCGCAUCCACGGUGGCACCAACCAGGUGACCAAAGCUCGGGGCGCUGUCCCCUCUGGGAAGCAGAAGGCUGGCAGUGGCCAGAGCGGGUACUGCUCUGUGAAGAGCUCACCUUCCCACAGCACCACCAGCGGCGAGACAGACCCCACCACCAUCUUCCCCUGCAAAGAGUGCGGCAAAGUCUUCUUCAAGAUCAAAAGCCGAAACGCACACAUGAAAACUCACAGACAGCAGGAGGAACAGCAGAGGCAGAAAGCGCAGAAGGCGGCGUUUGCGGCCGAGAUGGCAGCCACAAUCGAGAGGACUACGGGGCCGGUGGGGCCGCAGGGGCUGCUGCCCCUGGACCAGCUGAGUCUGAUCAAACCCAUCAAGGACGUGGACCUCCUCGAUGACGACGUCGUCCAGCAGUUAGGAGGCGUCAUGGCAGAGGCCGAGGUCGUGGACACCGGUCUCCUCCUGGAUGAUCAGGCUUCAGUUUUGCUUCAGGGUGACACGGAACUCUGAAGGUCCCGCGUGUCACUUCAGGACAGCGAAAACCCACAGCCUCCAGCCUCUCAUCAGGAAACUGGGACUGCCUGCUUGUUUUGUAAUCAUUUUAAACUACCUGUUUAAAAAGUGCUCGUUUUUUUUUUUCCAGGUUUAGAAACAAAUCGGUUUUUUCUUUUCCUUUUAUUUAAAAACAAUUGUUUUUAUGGGAGGUUGGGGGGAAUAAAUAAUUGGCACAAUUCUACUUUAAGAUGUGUUUCAUCUGGGCUAGGCUACAUUCCCAAGAACUCAUUCCUGGCUGGGAAUGAACUUGACAUUCAUGUUCUUUUGCUUUUUAGAUGCCAACCAUCCUGGUUGCCUUUUAUCCCAAAGCUUGCGUGAGUGAGCGAGUGUGUGUGUGUGUGUGUGUGUGUGUGUGUGUGUGUAAAGCAGGCUGCUUUCUUUGUGCUAGGGUCUUGGACCAUCCUUCCCUACCAACAGUCAUUUUUGUGUUGACCUCAUUCCACAGUUUGCAGUGAACUUGGCACCUUUGCUGAGAGACCCUGCUAGGAAGUAGCUUUCCAGUGAGCAAAGUCAGCUUUGUGUUCCACAGCUUUCUUCCAGCAUACACGUCAUUUGAAGAGUUGACCAAAUGUGAAAAUAAUUUUUCUCCCUGCCCUGCCCAUCACUCAGCCUGGCUCUAAAAACUGAGUACUGUAUUUCAGACUUUCCCUCCAUGGCAGUGGUUUACUGAGAAGGUGGUUCAUAGAGCAAGCGUGUCCUCUUCCCUGUGCCCUGGGGACUGGUUGACUCCAAUUCACUGGUUGGCAGAGGCGUACUUCAGCCUGAGCUGACUGACUGCAAGUCCGUCUGGAGGAAAAUAACCCCAACUAUUAAGUUGCUAGGGUUGUUUUUAGGGAAGAUAGUCAAGGAGCACAGAUCAAAGUAUCUAGAAUGCCAAGAAGCCUUCUUUUGCCCAAAAACUAGCUCAGAAGAGCUCAUUCCUUUUUGCCACACCGUUAAUGGUCUGUGGGGUUCCAAAAUUACUCUGUGCCACUUGGAAGUACCAUGAAACCUGAUUCACUGCGAUUCUGUUGUCACGCAUCUGUGCUGGACCGAAGUUUACUUUGACGCUAACUCUGAGGAAAAGGGUUUUCUAGCAAAUCUGAUGGCAAAUACAAGGGAAAUAGCAUUAAAGGCCAACAAAAAUGGUUUCAGAUGCCCCAUCAGCUCCAUUGUUUGCAUUCAAACAGUGAAUUUAUUCAUUAAAGUCAUUUACCAAAGCUCUUCUAGAAUUCUCCAAGCGACAUAACUCUGCUCUGCCUCCUGUCCCUGCUGGCAGGGCUGCUGUUUGUACUUGAAGGUAUUAAACCUGUAAUCCUUCAAAAAUGGCUUUCAGCUCAGGCUUUUGAGCUGAGUCAGACUGCUCUGCGGCCUCCGUCAGGGCAAAUGAGUGCGCGCCUUCAGACUGGAAUGCGGUCCCAGCUCAGAGCUGACGCGUCUGGCUGGUGACUUCCGAGCAGGGGGCUUUCCCGCCUUCCCCUGCCCCAGGUAGGCUGAUGCCCCAGCUCCUGCAGGCGUGGCAACCCUGCCAGGGCACUUUGCUGACACAAUAACUAGCUUGACGUGAAAGAGGAUGUCAGUGGAAGGAUGAGGAUAGGAAAAAAGCAUCCUUUACGUCGUUUGCAAAAGUGUUUAGCGGGCAGUCACGACCCACAGUGGCCCCACACAGGCAGUGUCCUCUGAAUCUCAGGAAAGCCAUGGACAGAAGAUCGAUACAACGGUUCCUUUCAUGCCAUCAUUUCUGUUCUCAGAAAAAGGUCUUGAAAGUUUCCUUUAUCUUUUCUUUUUUUUAAGGGAAAUAAUGUGUCAUUUGUCGCCAUUUCUGACAAGUUAUUCUAUGUUUUGAGUUCAGGACUGCCUGGGCAGGGCAUCAGCUUUGUGGCAGAUCUAUUUGAGAACCAUACCAAGUGUAAUACCGGCUGAUCCCAUCUGCCCCAGUGACUACUUCCCUCCACAUGUGGGUAUAUGAGAGGGUUCUGGAAGGGUUCUGCUAUUGGAUCUCUGAAAGUUUAUCUGGCAAAGGAGCAAACACCCAGGAAAAAUGUUUAUAAAGCAAAUGUAUGCAUUCUGUUUGGAGAUUUGCCCGGCUGUUCCAGUUUAAAACAUUAAAAUAAAAUGAGUUGCCAAGGCAAAAAUAUAAUGCACAAUUCAGUUUUGACUUUCCACGCAGUAUACCAUAAGUAUUUUUGACUUGAAAUAACCAAAGAACUCCUCCUUGAUGAGACAGUUCGCUUUGCUGAAUUAGUAUUUUUCUUCACAGUAUCAGCUUAGAGGAUUGACUUCACAGUAAAAUAUUGCACUUAUUUUUUUUCCUGAAAUGAUUCUGCCUGCAUGUAUGUGCUGUGUUCUAGUUCCCCACCCCCAUCUCUCCUCACCCCGAAGAACUUUUCUUCCCGAUGGUUUAUGUCUUCAACAGGUUACUGUUUACUAUCAGAUAGUUUUUCAUUAGUGAAUUUAGACCUCUUUGAGAAAGCUUGUAUAUAAAAAGUUAAAAGAUAUAUUUUAUGGAAAAACCCAUCUUAUUUUCAAAUAUAUUUAACUGCUGUUCUAUUUUAUUAGAGGAAGGUUGUAAAUAUUUUCUAGGAGUUCUAUUGUAAAGAAAAGUAUUUUUGAAAAAAAUUAAUGUAAUAAAAACUAAAACAUUUUUAAAUGGUGGUUGUGAUUGCUUCCUGUUCUGGCUUUGUUGUGUUCUCUUCACAGGAAAUGUCUUGCAUGCCUUGCCAUGUUAGGAUGUAAUUUAUUCCGGUUUGCACUAUUUUCAGUUGACAUCAUAAUAUCUAAUGUGCUUCACUGUAUUUUCCCCUGGAAUGCAGGUCCCUUGGUCCAUAUCAAAAGCAGUAUGUAUAGCAUAUUCAUACUUUUUCUUUUGUAUCGUGUGUAUUUUUAAUAAGGAUUUUAUGUAACAUUUUGGCAAAAAAAGAGGACAGUAUUUUCUAGUGAAUUUUAUAAUACAUUUUGCUAAAAAUGUUUCUUCCUAGGUCAGUUUUUGUUAAGGUGAACCAAAAGUCUUAUUUUCCCAGGGGUUUAAAAAAAAAGUUUGAAGCUUGAAAGCAAAGUUAUAUUUAAACAUCAUAUGUAACAAAUAAAGAUGUUUUAUAGACUUGUCCUCAAAAGUUGCAUUCCUUAAAAAACAAAAACAACUAGGGCAUUCUAGGUUGGUUUCCCCCUGAGUGAUAAGCAUUUUUUUUUUAACUGCCACAAUACUAUUUUUCAGAAAGCCAGGAGAAUUUUACUUAAAAGUUUCCAGUCAUUAGUCUUCUCAGAAAUUUAUUACAGUUCUUAUAAGAUAGGCAUUCAUCAGAGAUGUAACCAAAUAGACACUGUCAUAUUUAUUUGUGAAAACCUGAUUCAAUAUUGCAUCAGCUGCUCUGAAAAUAAAAUGUUAUCUUUUUGA